CUGUAACUGCGAAGGCAUACACCGAGUAGACAUGGCCCCGACGAAAGAGCUGAAGCCGCCACCGGAGCUGGUGGAUGCAAUCCAGAAGAGCGAAGAUAUGACGGCGCCAAGUAACUUCACUGUGGGGACUGAGUUCGGCAGUGACGUGCCGCGUACCAUCCGCAACCGCCUUGUCCACGAGGAGCCCCAGAAGCUGUCACACGACGACAAGGGCGAGGGCCACGGCCAGGGCGAUUUGUCCAAGCGCGAGCUCAAGGAGCAUAUGAUGGAGGUGCAGGAGAUGCAGGCGGGCCACGACCGCUUCAACCGUAACCACCCGGGCGCCGGCAAGGCGGGCCAGGGCGACUACGGCACAGUCAACUCGCAGGCGUGCACGCGCGGGGAGGGCGGCGGCCGCAUGCGGUACGGCCACGAUUGAGGGAAACUGCCUGCGAGGAUGGAGGCAGAUGGAGGACGCAGCCCUAGUUGUCUGAGCAUUUUCUAGUUGUCUCGGAAGCGCUUGGGUGCAUGUUUGGGCAGAGUAGAGCUGCUGCUUCGGCAGAGAGGGUAACGCGCUGCAAUAUGGCGUGCCAUCGGGUGGAGGAUGGUUGUACAGUUUUGUUGUACAGUUAGGAGAGCUGCCACAGGGGUUCUACUGUUGAAAGGGUCUCCCUCCGUGUUAGGAGGUGGCGUAGGUAGAGUGUGUAGGGGUGUAGGCUGUGUGGUGCUGAUGGGCAGGAUGGCGAGUGCGCGUGCAGGGGGAAAGACGGACGAAUACAUCGCUGCAAAGCGGAGUACUGU